AUGGGGAUCGGACAGGACAAGCUCUGCCCCAGCAAGUCGCUGUUCCACGGCGUUGCGCCGGGGAAGCGAGUCCAACCCCUUGGCCAGAUUGACCUGCCCAUCUGCUUUGGCACGGCGGCCAACUUCCGCAAGGAAUGCGACGUCGAGUGCAUCGAGCACGCCGAGGCUCUAGCGCUCGACGAAGCCCUCGCCGCGCAGCUGCAAGGAAUGGCCGAGGAGGCCAUGGACUCCAAGCAGCGGCACAGGGGCAACUUCGAGUCUACCGAGGGCACCAAGGACGUCCCCCUUGACCCAAAGACCCCUGACGGCAAGGCGCUGAAGAUCAGCGCUACCCUCGACGGCAAAUAA